AUGCCAGGUCACCCCGUGUCGCCCUCUGAGGCGCCACGUGUGCAGGCUGACGUGGCAGCCCUGCUGGCGCUCAUCCGCCAGUCGGACGCCGUCUUCCUCCUCACCGACACAAGAGAGAGCCGCUGGCUGCCCACCCUUUUGUGCGCGGCCGAGGGAAAGGUGGCCAUCAAUGCUGCUCUCGGCUUCGACUCCUUCCUUGUCAUGCGCCACGGGGCGCCACCACUGCCUGUGCAUGCCACGUCAGCACCAACAGCAUCCGAGUCCGCACCAGCAGCGUCUGAUCCACGGCUCAUCGCACGCUACACCAGCAGUGCACAGUCACGCGCCCCUGGCCUGGCGGCCAUAGCGGGGGCUUUGGUGGUCUUGCUGUCUGACUGUUUGAGGUGCUUCCCCCAGCUACCUCCAUCUUUCCUUGCUGCCCCCUCCCUUCCCACAUUUCCCCGCCAGUCCACCGCUCAUCGCACACUAGCCCAGCAGUGCACAGUCGCGCGCCCUGGCCUGGCGGCCAUAGCAGAGGCUCUUGAUUCCACGGCUCAUCGCACGCUAGACCAGCAGUGCACAGUCACUCGCCCCGGGCUGGCAGCCAUAGCGGGGGCUCUGGCAGUGGAGCUGUUGGUUGCAGGUGGCCAGUCCGGGGUUGAUGGAGCAGUCUACAGAGCUGUUGGUGGGGCUGCUGCACCACCCACUCGGAGUUGGGGUUUGAAGGAGCAGGCGAGUGAUCUGGUAGCCAUAGUGGGGGCUGUGGCAGUGGAGCUGCUAGCGGGGCUGCUGCACCAUCCCGUUGGAAUCGCAGCACCAGCAGAAGACACCAGUGCUGAUGGGGUUUCUGCCUCUGCUUCUUCCCACCUCUGCUCGCCUCUGGGUCCACUGCCUCACCAGCUGCGCGGCUUCCUCUCCUUCUUCUCCCAGCUGCCCAUCACUGGCUUCGCCUUCCACCAGUGCACCGCCUGCUCCCAUACAGUGGUUUCAGCAUACAGGGAGCGUGGUUUUGCGUUCCUUAUGGGCGCGUUUAACGAUCCCACGUAUUUAGAGAGGAUCACAGGCUUGGAUAAGCUGCACGCCGCCACUGUAGAGAUUGAGGUCGAUUGGGACGAUAGUGAGGAUGACAAUAGUGAGGACUUCGGGGAAUUAGUGAGUGAAUGA